AAAAGUACAGACUUUUGUUCUCUAAAUUUUCAAAAUAUUUGGUGUUUUACAGUGUGAAGAAUUUUUAGCUUGUUUAGUUUUCCAUUUAUUGACCUUCAACAGCGUUUCUCAAAAGUGUUUUUUAAAUAUCUUGCUUACUAUUCAUUCUUAAAUGUUACUCAUUUAAGGAAAAUUUAUGUAGAAAAAAAGAACAAAAAUCUAGAUCACUUGUUAACUCCCUUAUACGUUACUGAAACUUUACUAUUGUAUAGCUGAAUUAAGAAAACAUUAUUUUGAAGAAACUGUGAAAAGGCUGAUCACCUAUGGAGCACACCUGCACUCCUUUUGAGUGAGUAAUUUGCUUUUUAAACUACUCUGCUUGUACCUCCCUGCAUGACCUCCUUGCGAAUUCUUCCUCAGUCAGAAUCAAGAACCCUCCUGUGGGUUGAGGUCUCACCUAGCACGCAGGGAGAUCUCCCCAGAUUGGAUUGCCCAACAAUAUUUUGGCAACCAUGAAGGGACAUUUAACAUAGUACUAACUAACAGUCUGGGUUUAACUUUCUUAUUCAGCAAAAAUGUGGAUUCAGAAAAGUAUCCAAGAACAAACAGUGAAGUAGAUAAAAGGCAGCUUUGAUUCCUCCUGUAGAAGAAACAGUCUUCUAUCCUUCUCCCUAUCCCUUAAAGACUCUUGUAAAGCCUUUUUUUUUUACUGUUGGGUUUAUAGGUUGUGCAUUUGGGUCAGUUGCUAUCUGGCAAAGCAAAUCACUGAAACCUAGGGUCCAGAGUUAUUCUGAUGGUAUAAAAGCUGACUGGUUGGACAGCAAUAAGACCACAAAAGGAAGGAGACUUCAGCAAUGACAUUAACAAAUGGUGGAAUAACCUCAGUGAUGGCCAGGGGACUUGGACAGGUAUCAUAGCUGCAAAUGUUUUUCUAUUCUGUUUCUGGAGAUUACCAUCUCUAUAGCAGAUAAUGAUCAGACAUUUCACAUCCAACCCAGCCUCAAAGGUCCUCUGUUCUCUGAAGUUGCUGUCAACAUUCCAUCAUUUCUCCUUGUUUCACAUGGCCACAAAUAUGAACGUUUUGUGGAGCUUCUCCUCCAGCAUAGUGAACAUUCCAGGUCAAGUGCAGUUCACAGCAAUGUACUUAUCUGCAGGCUUUAAUUUCAACUGUGUCAGUUAUAUGUGUAAAGUUGACACAGGAAGAUAUGGACCAUCACUUGGUACAUUAGGCGCAAUCAUGACUGUCUUUGCUGCCAUCUGCACUAAGAUCCCAGAAGGGAGGAUCACUAUAACUUUCCUUCCAAUGUUCACGUUCACAGCAGGGAAUGUCCUAAAAGCUAAUAUUGCCAUGGAUACAAUAGGAAUGAUCCUGGGAUGGAAAUGUUUUGAUCAUGCAGCACAUCUUAAGGAAGCUUUCUUUGAAAAACGGUAUAUUACUUAUGGUCAUGAACUUAUUUGGAAGAACAGGGAAUCUCUUGUGAAAAUUUGGCAUGAAAUGAGGACUAAUGGCCCCUAAAAGAGGAGGUGGCUCUAAGUAAAAUUGUGUUUGUCUAAUACUGGUGUGUCUGGUUCAUGCUGCAUGAAAACCCCAGGAACACACUGGCCAUGGAGGAACAUCUUUGCUCCUGCCUAGAAAAACACCUGGCAUCUAGCUUUCCCAGUAUUUUGAACUAUGUCCCCAGUACAUGUCUUACUAGAAAGUGAAUACAACAAAGUUGUACAAUAAAGGUUUAUAUAUCUCUAAUUUGUUGACAGAAACUUC